AUGCGUUUUCUAAUCUUACCUUUAACUAUUAUUGCUCAACAACUUUAUAGUAAUCACACAGUUUCCUAUAAAGGUGAUUCAGGUUUUGAUCUGUUCAUUGUAGAAGAUCAGAUUAUAAAGGCGAAAGAAACAGGUUUUGUUAGGACUGGUAUUAAGAUUGCAGCUUAUAGUGAUGAUAAUGAACCCACAAGUUAUACUGUUGUAGGAAGAUCUUCCAUUUCAAAAAGUCCACUCAGAUUAGCUGUUCCAGCUGGAAUAGUUGAUGCAGGCUUCAGGGGUGAAUUGAGAAUACCUUUGGAUAAUAUUAGAGACUUCGACUUUGAAUUGAAGGUUGGACAAAGAUACUUUUCUCUGGCAGGUUAUGAUGGUAAGCCUGUUACUUACACUCUUGUCGAUCAACUUGAUGAAACUGAAAGAGGUGAAAAGGGAUUGGGAUCUACAAAUGAGCUCUCAGCUACAAGAAAAACUUCGUUAAAUCCCAUUGUCCCAUUAUCUAUUAACAAAACUCGAAUCUUUGAACCAUUAAAAAAAGUGGAACCACUUGUUCUCAGAACAAAUAACUCUACAGGUUCUCAGAAUCCCUCAAACUUACUUGUAUUCCCUCAAGCCACUAGUGUUGAAGUUAUAAACAUAAUAGCUUCUGAGGCUCAAACCUUAAUAUCAAAUCUGAUUGGAUCAAAAACUUUGAGAAAAGCUACUACUACUCGAACUAUUGCUGGAAAGCUUGAGCCCACCCGAGAAUCUAAAGAUCUUAGAGCCGAAGUUGAUGUUGGUAGUAAAAAUUCUACGAAACUUGAAGGUAAAUGA